AGCGUGGCUCUCCGACAACGCUGCAACGUCUCAUGUCUCAGCUCCAACCCCAACCUCAGGCAGAGCCCCUGGUGGAUGCCCAGGAGGUGCAGUUCUGGAUGGAGAAAGUGGUUGCUUGGGGCUGCUCUGAGAGCCGGGACAACCAGAGAGACAUUUGUCUAUACCUGGGUAGAUUAAAGGCUCUCCUCCAGCGUCUCCUCACACACAUCAACAACUUGAGUUCCACCGCAGAGACGAUGAGGAGGCUGCCCUUCCUGGGCCAGUUUCUGGGUCGGCUCUGCUGGAACCCUUUUGUCACCGCUGACGCUUUGUGCCGUAAGCUGCUGCUCCAGAGCCUGUGGGGUCUAUAUUCUGUGGAACCAAGUAAUGCUGUGGAGAGGAAGGCCAACCAGUGGAUACGGAAUGUGUUGUGUCAGCUCGCAACAGAAGACGAUGACACUGCUGCACAGGCAUUACUGAAACACAUGGGUAUAUCACCAAAAGAGUACCAUCUCAAAGUCUUGAGGAAGAUGGUGGCAUCGCUGACAGAGGAAAUUAAGAAGAGCUGUAGCUUUCUGGGCGGCUCCAAUCAGAGGUGUUCAUGUGGCAGUGUCCUUGCGGUGUCAGAGGCCUGCGUUCCCCUGGUCACAUGCUCCGAGGUGGCUCCUCUCAUUAAUAUGUUAUUGCAGAGGCCAGCAAACUGUGUGAGAGCGACUCUCAGCCAACCCUUCCUGGAUGCUGUAAGCUCUGCCUACGCCAGUCAGUGCUUAACCCUGGAGGACCAGGCUGUGGUUUCUCUGUGGUGUCAUAGCCUGCCCAGCCUGGAGGAGGCAGUAAUAAGUCUGCUUGAGUCUGCUCUUACCAAAAAAGAGUCUACACCGCAAUGCAUAGAGCAACAACUAGCACGGUCAAUACUGCCUAAAGCCUGUGCUCAGCACUGCUCAUUAUUCUUGGUUGUCAGCGACAUCUUCAGAACCAUGGCAAGGCAGGUAGAAGGGAGUUUGUCUGUGUUGUCUUUCCUCCACUCGUUCACCAGCUGUUUUCUCAAGGAACUAACACCACUGCAACCUCAGAGUUGUGUGUCCUUGAAGGUAUUCUUCCCCCACGCACCUCAUAAUUUACUGAUUCCCCUGCUGACCCAGCCAUCACAGAUGCCACAAGAUGCUUGGAAAGCUCACUUGAUGUGGAUCAGUGGCUCCCUACAGCUACUAACAGAGGAAGAAGAGGAAGGCAAUGAAGUCGGAGGCACCAGGGGUCAGUGUGCUGUGUUUGAGGCCUGGUUCCUCUUUGUUCAGUGUGCCCAUUGGGUGCAAAUGGCUGUCCAGCUGUUGGUAUUCGCAGAGCCUGAGGACUGUGGCCCUCUGCUGUGGCUCCUAACCUUCUACCACCAUCCCACCAACAGGGGCCACCAUAGGACACUUCAACUGGUGAAUGCCAAAAAGACAUGGGAACACCUAAGAGCACUCUCUCUGGUCUCAGCUCCUCCUCCUCCUGCCGACCACCACCUGCAGGCAUUAGUCGAGCUUCUGUCAUCCCACCCACAGCAGCCAACGCUGGCCCCACUAUUGGUCCUGAGCCUCUCGAUCAACUUUGCUGUCCUCUCUCAAAACCCGCUAAGCAGAGCAACAGAGAUUCUACGCACAGUGUUGGAGCAGUCCGGUCUGGUUGGUGAAGCAGCAUGUGUUCUCAGCUCAGCAGAGCUUAGCCUAAACGGAGGAGGCUGCUUAUCCAGCGAUGCUAACAGCGUUCAGCUCAGGAUCAAGGCUCUUCAGGACACACUAAUAUGCAUGCAUGUAGCGCCCCACUGCGACCCCAAAACACACGCUCACAUGCAGAUGGAGUCCUGAUGAGACACCAAACAACCCACACAGUUGCAUAAACAUAAUACAUGCACAGGUGAGAUUACAAACACACACUCGCAUGAGAACACAUAUUCAUGCACGUAAACCCAUACACCAGAGUCCAGCCAGAGUAAGGCGUUUUCACGGCCGGGGUAAAGAAUAACCGAUAGCCCUGCUCUCAUAAACACGCAGCACUACAAGGACAGGACUCUGACGAGCGUGUCACAACAGUAGAGCGAGGACACAAAUUAUGCGGGGUGACUACGAUUAUACACUGAAACACACAACUGCAGAGAGCGCAAAGGCAGUGACAGAUCGCACUGCGAGUGAAUAAAACCCUCCCACUCAUAUAAUCGUCUCGCACUAUGAAUUCUCCACGCUACACGCGGUGACUGGGAGAUGUUCAGGUUCGGAGGGAAGGGAAAACUUAAAUCUUAGCAUACAACAUUAUAUGUGAUACGCACUGGAUGGCGAAAUGUGCCUCCUUCAAGUAUGUAAACACGUCCCAAUGUUUCCUUUUUGUAAUUAAAUGUUAUGAACUUAAUCUUUGCACCAUGUCUUUUGGCAUUUAUGUAAAUAAAUCCUACCUAUUAGAGGCACAGCUUCUGCGAUGCCUGCUUCUGCUUCAUAUCUACAGAUCUACCACACAUACUUAUUGUGAACACAGCUCACUUUGCUGGAUUAAGGACAUAAGUAAGAAAUAUGUAUGAGCUGCCCAUGCACUAAAGAAUAACAUGUGUUUGGUGUUUUUUGCAUUUCAUUUUUUUGAUACUAGCAGUGUUAAUUGCUGAUUGGAUAAAGACAAGCCAUUUGUUAAGAUUGCUCUCAGUGUAAAUAUUAUCCGUUGACUUGUGUUAUACGUUGAUGUUGGUUGGUUGGAUAAUUGUACAGGUGAGUAAAUAUGACCUUUAAAACGUCUUUUUUGUUUUUGUUGUGUUUAUGAUGGUCUUCCAGAUUGUCUGCUGUUGUAACAGCUGAAUUCCCCUCUGUUUUGUGUCUUCUAACUGGAUUAUUAAGGCAGUGGAUUUCGAUUUUUCAUCCCUUAAUGGGAAUACGAG